AUGGCUGGAGGAGGAAGCAGUGAGAGCCCAGCUGAAAUGAAGAAGUCAAACUCGAAAAAACCCAGAAACCCUAAGGAUGCCCAGCUUCUCAAACAGAAAUCUCCUGCGGAGUUCUUCGCGGAUAACAAGAAUAUAGCUGGUUUUGACAAUCCAGGAAAAUGUUUGUAUACUACAGUUAGAGAGCUUGUUGAAAAUGCACUUGAUUCAGCUGAGUCAAUCUCUGAACUUCCAGUCAUAGAAAUAACAAUUGAAGAGAUUGGGAGGAGCAAAUUCAAUUCAAUGAUUGGUCUUGCUGACCAUGAACGUGUUGAUGCAGAGCUCUAUGAUGAUUUUGAGUCAGCCAAGGCCCGUGAGAAAAGACUUGCCAAGGAAGCUCGUCUUCAAGAAGCUCAGGCAAAGAAUGCAGCUCUUGGGAAGAAAGGCAAAGCAACAACAGCUCCAAAGCCCACAAAGAGUCGUGAGGCUUCAUAUUAUAGGGUUACUUGUAAGGAUAAUGGAAGAGGAAUGGCACAUGAUGAUAUUCCAAAUAUGUUCGGACGAGUUCUCUCUGGAACUAAGUAUGGCUUAAAGCAGACGCGUGGUAAAUUUGGACUUGGUGCAAAGAUGGCACUUAUCUGGUCCAAAAUGAGCACUGGGUUGCCUAUUGAGAUCCUUUCAUCAAUGAAUGGCCAAAAGUAUUCAUCGUUUUGCAGAUUAGAUAUAGAUAUUCAUAGGAAUGUCCCUCAUAUUCAUGUACAUGAGAAAAGAGACAAUGAGGAACGAUGGCAUGGAGCUGAAAUCCAGAUAGUAAUUGAGGGCAACUGGACAACUUAUCGUUCCAAAAUAUUGCAUUACAUGCGUCAAAUGGCUGUCAUCACUCCAUAUGCUCAGUUUCUUUUCAAGUUCCUUUCUGAAUCUCCAGAUAAAAAUGUCACGGUGAGAUUUGCUAGGAGGACGGAUAUAAUGCCUCCAGCUCCCCUUGAAACUAAGUAUCAUCCAUCUGCUGUUGAUUUGCUAUUGAUAAAAAGACUUAUUGCCGAGACGUCGAAGCAAAAUCUUCUGCAAUUUCUCCAACAUGAAUUUGUGAAUGUUGGGAAGUCCCAUGCGGAGCGUUUGAUUGGGGAAAUGGGUCCUGAUUUUAGCCCCAAAAUGCCUGUUAAAUCUCUAACGUCUCAGCAAAUUGUCCGCAUCCAUCAAUUAUUCCGCCAAGCAAAGUUUGAUGAUCCAAGUGGUGAUUGUCUUAGCCCUGCUGGAGAGUACAAUUUACGUUUAGGGAUUAUAAAGGAGCUUCAUCCAGAUAUGGUUGCUACUUACUCAGGAAGUCCUCAAGUAUUUGAAGGCCACCCUUUCAUUGUGGAAGCAGGGCUUAGUUUGGGUGGAAAAGAUGUUAAACAAGGUCUAAAUGUGUUCCGAUUUGCUAACCGGAUACCACUUCUAUUCGAGCAAGGUGCUGAUGUUGUCACUAGAACUGCUGCAAAGAGAAUCAACUGGAGCAAUUACAAGAUCAACCAAACACAAGAUAAGAUUGGUGUCUUUGUGAGCAUCGUGAGCACCAAAAUACCUUUUAAAGGAACUGGAAAGGAGUACAUUGGUGAUGACAUCAGUGAAAUAGCUUCUGCCGUCAAGGCGGCUAUUCAGCAGUGCUGCUCUCAACUAAAAUCCAAGAUCGUGAAAAGAAUACAGGCUCGUGAGCAGCAGGAGAGGAAGCGAAGUUUGAGCAAGUACAUCCCAAACGCCACAGGUGCUAUAUACGAGGUAUUAAAAGAGGUGGCACGAGCUCAUGCUUCAAAGAAAAGGCGAUGUGAAGGGGCGGAUGCCGAAUUACUCAAACAAGUUUCGGAUAAGAUAGUUACAGAAGAAACACUGCGCGAAAAGCUCGCUCAACACGUUGAACAGGUCGACUAUGAGAUGGCACUGGAAUAUGCAACACAGACGGGCGUAAACGAGGAACCCAGGGAAGACAUAUUCAUUCCACCACUCGAAGCUGAAUACAAGUUCACCGACUUCUACAGCCCCGUGUUUGUCUUUAGAUUUGUUCAUUAG